AUGCUAAGUACCAAACUCCUCUCUCCCUUUCUUUCUUUAAAGGCAUCACUGCUCCGGAGGUUUCAGAGUACUCUAGUCAUAGCAGAACACAACAAUGAGACUCUUACACCCAUCACACUAAACACUAUCACUGCAGCAAAACGUCUUGGAGGUGAAGUUUCUUGUUUAGUAGCUGGUACCAGUUGUGACAAGGUAGCACAAGAAGUCAGCAAAGUGCAGGGUGUUGCAAAAGUUCUAGUGGCUCAGCACGAUGUAUACAAGGGAUUUCUAGCAGAGGAGCUGACUCCCUUGAUUUUGGAAGCUCAUAAAAAAUUCAAUUACACUCACAUUUGUGCUGGAGCAUCUGCCUUCGGGAAGAAUCUUAUUCCCAGAGUGGCUGGUAAACUUGAUGUUGCCCCUGUUUCUGACAUUAUUGAAAUUCAGUCCCCAGACACUUUUGUGAGAACUAUCUAUGCAGGAAAUAUUCUUUGCACUGUGCAAUGUGAUGAAGCAAUUAAAGUAUUUACUGUACGGGGAACUUCUUUUGAGGCUGCACCAACAAGUGGUGGUAGUGCCGCUUUAGAAAAUUUAACCCCUCCACCGCCUGUUGGUCUAUCUGAAUGGAUUGAGCAGAAGUUGACAAAAAGCGAUCGACCAGAGCUUACUAGUGCCAAAGUGGUUGUAUCGGGUGGGAGAGGCUUGAAGAGCGGGGAAAAUUUUAAAUUGUUAUACGAUCUUGCGGAUCAAUUGCAUGCUGCAGUUGGAGCUUCCCGUGCAGCUGUUGAUGCUGGCUUUGUUCCUAAUGACUUGCAAGUUGGACAGACUGGCAAAAUAGUUGCACCAGAACUUUAUAUUGCUGUGGGAAUAUCUGGAGCAAUCCAACACUUGGCUGGGAUGAAAGACAGCAAGACCAUUGUUGCUAUUAACAAGGAUCCAGAAGCUCCAAUUUUCCAAGUGGCAGACUAUGGACUGGUGGCAGACCUAUUCCAGGCGGUGCCAGAGAUGACGGAGCUCCUGAAGAAGAAGUGA